GGGCGGGACCUGAGUCAAUCCCUCCGGCCGCCGGGCUCUACCGCUUCUCCGCUGUCCACUUCAGCUUCCUGCCACCCUCCUGUCUCCAGCAUGCCUGCUCCGACCCCCAGUGGUACUAACGUGGGCUCCUCAGGGCGCUCUCCCAGCAAAGCAGUGGCCGCCCGGGCGGCGGGAUCCACAGUCCGGCAGAGGAAAAAUGCCAGCUGCGGAACGAGGAGCGCGGGCCGCACCACCUCAGCAGGCACUGGGGGGAUGUGGCGAUUCUACACAGAAGAUUCACCGGGGCUCAAAGUUGGCCCUGUUCCAGUAUUGGUUAUGAGUCUGCUGUUCAUCGCUUCUGUAUUUAUGUUGCACAUUUGGGGCAAGUACACUCGUUCAUAGAUUCCGCUACAUCCAUCUGUCUGUCAUCUGAAGAAGAAAGGAAAAAAACCCCAACAUAUCUUGGACCAAAAGCAUAGUGAUUUUCUGUUCAUGAGAAAGAAAUUUUCUGUAAGCUUACUGUUUUACAGGGAACUUAAUGAAAACUGAUUUUAAGGAAUCAUUUUUUUCCUGUGGCUAAUAAACUUUUAAAUUCA